AUGACCUUAAAACCGCAGAAACGGCUGCUUGGCGAGGAACAACGUGCUGAUGAGGGCUUGGAUUAUAAUUUCCGCCUGUAACGGACUUUUGACCCCGAGUUCUUUCGUAAGUCCUCACCAUCACUUCGCUUUUUCCUCCUUGUCGCUCUUUGUUCUUCUUCCCUCGGCGUUUUCCCUCGCUCCCUCCGCUCCCUCAUCAACAGCAGCCACGAUGCGCGUGUGUGCCCUCGCCAUCAGCCUGCUCCUCGCCACCUCAGGUGCGACAGCAAGGACACGACAGCAACACAGCGGAUCACUGCACACGCGCCGCACACACAUUCUCUGUGACUCUGUCCCUCUGUAUCUGCCUGUGUGUGUCUCCCUCGCCCCCCCCCCCCUCGCUGUGUGUGUGUGUGUGUGGUGUCAGUGUCUGUGGUGUGUGAAGCCCAGAAGCAUCAGCAGGCUCAGCAGGAGGUGGCCUCACUCGUGCGGUCUCUUCAGGAGGUCUCAGAAGAAGAUCCUGUCCCUGCCGAGGCUCCCGAAGACACGCCACCACAAGAAGUCGCAGCCCCAGAAGAAGACGAGGCCACUGCUCCCGACGACGAAGAGUCGUCAGAAGACGGUGAGCACUGAGUCUCGUGGCUGGCUGCCAAGCGUCCCCCACGUACCUUCCCUCUCCAUCUCUCUCUCUCUCCCUCUCUCUCUCUCUCUGUGUGCGUGUGUGUGUGCUCUCUCUCUGCUCUCUCUCUCUCUCUCUGUGUGUGUGUGUGUGUGCGUGUGCGUGUUGUGUGCAGGUGCCAUAUCCUCAACUGAUGAUGAGGACUCAGAGUCGUGGAUGGCGUUGGCCAACUCGAGGUGGAAGAUCUCUACGGCGGUGGAAAGGGUUUUGAAUAAGUUCAUCGUUAAGCUGCUGGCCUACGCGUGGAAGUUCAAGCAAAUGGCCUACUUCUUCCUUCACAGUGAUGUCAAGUAAGCAGACGAGCACCACACAGAGGGAGGGAGGGAGGGAGGAAGACAGAUGUCAGCAGACGUGCCAACAUCUGACAUCUGCAUCUGUGUGUGUGUGUGUGUAUCUGAGCAGUCUGGUGGGCUUCGCGGCCUUCACCAAUCGCCUGUUUGUUUUCUUCGUAGUCAAAGUCGAUAUCAUCAUCAAGUUCCUCCACAGGUGCGUCGCGUCAACGACCACACACACACGGGCAGCCGUCUUAUUGGUUUCUCUCUCUCUGCCUCUGUGUUAGUCGUCACGGCAAUUAUUACCCCACCCACCCCUCAAGACGGUCAAGCACCUCUUGGAUAAUACCUAUGACAUCUGGGGCUCGUACUCUUCAGUAAGGGAGAGGGGAAGAUGGAGAGAGGGACUGACAGACAGACAGACACACACACACACUUGGACGGAUGCGAUGCGUGUGUUCAUUCAGGUAUACAACUCAUGCAAGGGGGACCACCAGUGCAUCCACUUCCUCGAGAGACACUUCCUCACCAAACUGGUUCGUGUGACACACACACACACACACACACGCAUCCGUCUCACCUUGCGUGUGCCCCCCUCCCCCAUUCUCUGUGUCUCGAAAAAGGUCAUCAUCAUCAAAAUUAUAAGGGUUAUCAUUAACAAGAUCUACCAGCACAACAAUUGGAAAGAUGGCCUUGUGUACAUCGACCAUAUCCUUUACAUCAAAUUUGGCUGUAACGGUAGGUGCACAAGCACAGCAACGAGUGGGGGUUGCUUGCAUUUGUGUGCGUUGGCGUGUGCAGGCAGCAACUGCAACAGUGAGCUCGGCGGUGGCGCGGCUGCGGGCGCGGCUGCGGGCGCGGCUGCAGGCAACCGCAAUGAGAUUGAGAUAUAUAAUACGUUGAUGAAUACCGCGACGAGCACCGCGACGAGUGACGCGACGACUAGUUUCUUUGACGAUCGCGAUGUCGUAGAUCUCGCUUAGAUAUAUAACAAACAUGUUGAUGAAUUCCGCGACGAGUGCCGCGAUCUCUUUUGACGAUCUCUUAGUGUAGUGUGUUGGGCAACCUCCUACCUAGUCUUCUAGUGUCGUAGAUCUCGCUUAGAUAUAUAACAAACAUGUUGAUGAAUUCCGCGACGAGUGCCGCGAUCUCUUUUGACGAUCUCUUAGUGUAGUGUGUUGGGCAACCUCCUACCUAGUCUUCUAGUCAGCCUGGAUGGAUGGAUGGUGAUCUCUUAGUGUAGUGUGUUGGGCAACCUCCUACCUAGUCUUCUAGUGUCGUAGAUCUCGCUUAGAUAUAUAACAAACAUGUUGAUGAAUUCCGCGACGAGUGCCGCGAUCUCUUUUGACGAUCUCUUAGUGUAGUGUGUUGGGCAACCUCCUACCUAGUCUUCUAGUGUCGUAGAUCUCGCUUAGAUAUAUAACAAACAUGUUGAUGAAUUCCGCGACGAGUGCCGCGAUCUCUUUUGACGAUCUCUUAGUGUAGUGUGUUGGGCAACCUCCUACCUAGUCUUCUAGUCAGCCUGGAUGGAUGGAUGGUGUGUGUGGCGGCCAGCUGUCUGUGUGCGUAGUGAGUGUGCGUCCCCUGCCAUGCAGACUUAUGGCUUCCUCUUUGAGUGCUUCCUAUGUUUGUGUGGGUGGGUGUGGCAAGGCGAGAGAGGCAGUAGUGCCGGCUUCCUCUUUGAGUGCUUCCUAUGUUUGUGUGGGUGGGUGUGGCAAGGCGAGAGAGGCAGUAGUGCCGAUCAUGAGCAAGCCAAUUCGUUAGUGUGUGUGCGUGUGCGAUCAGCACAGUGGAUGCAUGGCUCCAUUUGCAAGACGGCCAUGUGUGCGCUGGCUGAUGCGCUUGUGUGCGGUUUUCAGUCCUUGUGUCCCUCUCCCUCCCUCCCUCCCUCCCUGACACAUACUUACAUGUGUACACUUAUCUGUACAUGUACGACGCAUACGUGUAUGUAAUUGUGUCUUGCAUACGUACAUAAAUACCGCAGUGUGUCUGGGGGGCCUGUGUGUGACUGCUAUUUGUAUAUGUCGACAGCUCUGGACGAAGGGCGUUUUAUGUGCGUCAGUGUGUGAGCACACAAGAGAGAAGGAAAUGGAAAGAGGGCUUUUUGGCCGGGGCGGGUCAUGGAUAGAGACCAUGUGUACGCGUCGUCUGUCUGUAUUUGUACGCGCUUUUUUCCGACUGCCUGCAAUGUCGGGACUUUCUUCCCUUUUUCCGCCUUAUGGCUCACUCAAGUGUCUUAAUCAUUCAUGGAGCAUGACGGGGUGCCUAGACGGAUAAGUAUGGACAUCGGUGACUUACGUACAUGCAGAGAGUGUAUCGUUGAAUCGGCAUACGCACGCAA